UCAGCGCUUCAGUAAAGGUUUAGUUAGCGAUAGUGAAGCUGCUAAACACGAGAGGAGUUUGUACACCGUAUUUAAGACUAUUCAGGUGCACUUUUAUCACUGCAAAGGUCGGAUUACAUUCACAGCUAUGCCUGAGAAUAGUAUGGACAAGCCAAACAUAGUUACAUGCGCCGCUCCAGUGAAUAUAGCUGUCAUCAAAUACUGGGGCAAGAGAAAUGAAGAACUAAUUCUACCCAUUAACUCAUCCUUGAGUGUCACAUUGCAUCAAGACCAGCUGAAAACAACCACAACAGUUGCAUCAAGCAGAUCAUUUCAGGAGGAUCGAAUAUGGCUCAACGGCAAAGAAGAGGACAUAACCCAUCAAAGACUACAGUCCUGUCUCAGAGAGAUUCGACGAUUAGCACGGAAGAGGCGUAAUGAUGGAGACCCUGGUUUGGAUUCAACCGGUUUGUCUCACAAAGUCCACAUCUGCUCGGUUAACAACUUCCCCACUGCUGCUGGACUUGCCUCCUCAGCUGCAGGAUUCGCUUGCCUAGUUUACACUCUGGCUCGGGUGUUUGGAGUCGAAGGGGAGUUGUCAGGGAUUGCUCGGCAAGGCUCAGGCAGCGCAUGCAGGAGUAUGUAUGGGGGGUUUGUGCAGUGGAUCAUGGGAAAAAAAGAUGAUGGCAAGGACAGUCUCGCCCAGCAGGUGGAACCAGAGACUCAUUGGCCUGAGCUCCGAAUCCUCGUACUGGUGGCCAGUGCUGAGCGGAAGCCAAUAGGCAGCACCUCUGGAAUGCAAACCAGUGUAGAAACAAGCUGUCUCCUAAAGCACCGGGCUGAGUCUGUUGUCCCGAGCCGCAUGGCAGAGAUGAUUGAAGCGGUGCAGAGAAAGGACUUCACUGCAUUUGCUGAACUAACCAUGAAGGACAGUAACCAGUUCCAUGCCACUUGCCUUGACACAUACCCUCCUAUCUUCUACCUCAGCAGUGUGUCUCAACAGGUCAUCAGCUUGGUGCAUCGGUAUAACAGGCACUAUGGGGAGACAAGGGUGGCCUACACUUUUGAUGCAGGGCCCAAUGCUGUGAUCUUCACUCUGCAGCAGCAUGUUCCUGAGUUUGUCCAGUUGAUUCAACAUUUCUUUCCCUCGGAUACCAAUGGAGGACAGUUUAUUAAGGGUCUUCCAGUUAACAGUGCUUCUAUUUCUGAGGACCUGAAGCAGGCUAUUGGUCUAGAGCCCAUGCCAAAGGGAAUAAGCUACAUUAUUAGUACCAAGGCUGGACCAGGCCCUUGUGUUGUGGAGGAUCCCACUCAGCACCUGCUUGGAUCUGAUGGUUUCCCCAAGAAAACUGAAUGAUGCCCCUGCAGCCCUGAAGACACAAAGUUUCACUGAGCAAUAAUGAAACCAAUUCAGCAGAAAUAAAAAAAAACUGCAUUUCACAUAUGUAAAAAGGUUUUUAUAAUGGCAGCAACACCAGGCACCUCCUUUGCUAUUAUGCGUGCUAAUAUUUCCCCCUUCAUUUCUCAAAUUGGACUAGUGUGUCUUUCUGUCUUUACAUCACACUGUAUGCUUCUAUGUUUAUGCAUAGCUCUCCACAGCUCUCAGUAUCUGGAGGCAGUUAUUGCUGUCGAGUUGAUGAGUGUGACUAAAGGGUUUGCUCACAGACUUGAGCUUGUGCUGGUAGAUAUGGGGUGCCAACAAUGCACUUUCACCACUUCUCUAUGUCUAAGGAGGUUAUUUUACAUGAAAUUGUCACUUCAGUAAUUUUUUUUUCAUUUUCAUCUUUUGAAAACAUACUGUACCAACUUAAGUUAUGUUCAUCUUAUUCUGUAAAACCGAAUAAAGUAUA